UCUGUCAUUCUACCAGGUGUGCAAUAACCACCUCAUCCUUGUUUUAAUUCACCUCAUCAUUUCAAAUGGCUGCAGAGUUUUCUGCAGAAGGGAGUAGUUCAGUCAAGCCUCCAGUGAUUCAUGUGGAAGUUCUCUUUUUUUUUCUUUUCUAAAUAAUGUAGCAAUUGUUUCUUUUCUGACUACUGCACUUCUAGGACAGAGAAGUGCAAUUGCUGAGUUCAAGGGAAUACCUUUCCAAAGCAGACUGCACCCCAAUUUACACCCUUAGCAGAGGCACUGAGGGCCAGGCUCCCUGCAUCUUUGCCUACGCUGUCUUCAAUUUUAGUCAAUUUGAUGGGGAGCUAGUAUAUCAUCAUUGUUUCAAUUUGAAUUUUCCUGAAUGCCAGGGAGGUCGAGAAUAUUUUCUUGGGUUUAUUAUCAGCCUUUCCGGUGAAUUGCCUAUUCAUAUUCUUUGUCCAUUUUAUCAAUGGUUAUCCUUAUUUGUGGAGACUUGCUAGGCAAUUUUAUUUAAAAAUUGCUCAUUCAUCCCUUAUAAAAUUCUUUCUUAUAAAACAAAACAAAAUAAAACAAAACAAAAGGAGGCCACAGGUUGAUUUGGGGGUGUCAGCUCCAGGCAAACCCCACCAGUGGGCCUCCAACUUCUUGAGAAACCAAGGCCAGCAGUGGCCUGGGAACAGGAGCAGCCCUGGGGCAGGUGGGAUUGGAGGCCUCAGUGGUCACCUCCCCAACCCAGGUGUGCCCAGUUCCCCAUCAGCAUCUCCAGGCCCCGUGGAGUCAGAGGGUGCAGGAGGGAUCAAGCAUCUGAGCACCCAUCAUUUUGCCAUGGGACCUGAGAUGCAGAGAAGUCAACUGACUCAUAUGAGGUCACCCAGGAGUGGGUGGCUCAGCUGGGGUGUCGGCACACAGGCAGGGUUGCAAUGCCCCAUCCCAGCCCUCCUGCCCCAAUCAGCAGCUCAGAGCCUCCCAGCCCAAUCAGGGGCUAAUUGGAGUGGUGGGGCCGGGCUGUGGAUAUAUAAGAGGAGUGGGCAGGCCUGGCAGCCUCAUGCCUGGGGAGGGGGUCAACUACCUGCAUCUGUGUCUGCAUCUACCCGUGCAAUGGCUCCUGGGAGCAUUGCCUCCAGUGACACCUCCACCUCCUCAGCAUCCUUGACCUCCGCAGUGGGGUCAUCUGGGCUGUCUGAGUCUGAAAAGCCAGGCCCGAGCCGUGGUGGCAUCCGAGGGCCACGCCGUCACCCUCCCGUGCUGCGCAUGGUUCUGGAGGCGCUGCAGGCUGGAGAGCAGCGCCGGGGCACCUCAGUGGCGGCCAUCAAGGUUUACAUCCUGCAGAAGUACCCAACGGUGGAUGUCCUCCGGCUCAAGUACCUGCUGAAGCAGGCCCUGGCCACUGGCAUGCACCGCGGCCUCCUGGUCAGGCCCACCAACUCCAAGGCCAGGGGGGCCACUGGCAGCUUCAAAUUAGUUCCCAAGCACAAAAGGAAAGCCCAAUCUAGGAAGACAUCCACCAUGACAGCUCCCAGGAAACCCGGUGAGGCCAAGGAGAAGGGUCCCAAAAAACCAAGGGAGGCAAAGAAGGACCCUCCCAACCCAGGCGAGGUGAAAAGGGGACCCAAGAAGUCAAGAGAGGCGAGGACAGGUCCUACCAAACUGGAUGCAGCCAAGGAGAAGGCUCCCAAGAAGGGCAGCCAGACCAAAGACCAAGAGGCAAGACUGAGUGAGGCCAAGAAGGCCUCCCAACAGCCAGACAAGGCCACACAGGACCUUCCCAGUGCCACUGGCCCAAGAGGAAAGUCAAAGGUCAAAGGCAGAAGGAGCAACCAAGAUGGUGAGGCCCACAGGAAAACAAAAGCUGGGAGUCAGAAUUCAAAAUCCACGGUCCCCAAGGAUAAGAAUAGUGCUGCUUCUCCAGCCAAAAAGAAAGAAAACAAGGUCCUUAAAGAAGUUGUUGCCUGUGGGGCCAAGGUGGGGCCCAAAGCCAAGGCCACUGCUCCUCCUAGGGCCAGUGGGUCUAAGACAGUGCCUGCACCCCUGGCCAGGAAGACAGGGGCCCCCAAGGGCCCGAGAAAGCCUGGCAUGCCCACCAAGGCCUCGUCGUCCAAACUGGCCAGUAAGAAAACAGAAGCUGAAAGCUAGAGCUGGGGUGGAGAGAGACUGAGAUUCUGCUCGAGUUUUUAUUUCCCAAAAAACCAUUACUCUAUUUAUUUCAUUGUAACCUAUUUAUCAAUAAAGGUGUUUUUCCCCUCACAAAUUGGUGUGAGGAGAGGCUGAA